GUCAGUGCUGUGAAGAGACGGGUCGGGAGAAGGCAGCUGUGGGGAGGACUAGUUAGCAACUAACGGGAAGGGCUUCCACUUCGAGUUAUUCUCCUGCCGGCAGGUCUGUAAAAAUGUCUCUGUAUCCCUCACUGGAGGACCUGAAGGUUGACAAAGUCAUCCAGGCACAGACAACUUUUUCUGCAAACCCAGUCAAUCCAGCAAUAUUGCCUGCUGCUUCAGCAUCAGCUCCUCAAUAUGGAGGGAUGUACCCUAAGCUUUAUCCAGAACUGGAACAGUACAUGGGCUUAAGUCUCAGUGAAGAUGAAAUUCAUAAAAAUAUGUCUUUGGUACCUUCUGGUGGGAACCAGGUAGCGAUACCAACGGCUUUAAACAACAUGGUAGCUCCAGUGUCUGGAAAUGAUGUUGGAAUCCGCAGAGCAGAAAUCAAGCAGGGGAUUCGGGAAGCCAUAUUAUGUAAAGAUCAGGAUGGAAAGAUUGGCCUUCGCCUGAAAUCCAUUGACAAUGGAAUCUUUGUGCAGCUUGUACAAACCAACUCUCCAGCAUCCUUGGCUGGCCUGAAGUUUGGAGAUCAGAUCUUACAGAUAAAUGGAGAGAACUGUGCUGGAUGGAGCUCGGAUAAAUCGCACAAAAUUCUCAAGCAAGUCUCUGGAGAAAGGAUCUCUAUGAUUGUUCGUGACAGGCCCUUUGAGCGCACGAUCACCAUGCACAAAGACAGUACGGGACAUGUCGGAUUUAUAUUUAAAAAUGGCAAAAUCACCUCCAUUGUCAAAGACAGCUCAGCAGCAAGGAACGGCCUCCUCACUGACCACAAUCUUUGUGAAAUUAAUGGCCAAAAUGUGAUUGGAUUAAAGGAUUCUCAGGUUGCUGAAUUACUCGCAACAUCUGCAAAUGUGGUGACCCUUACCGUUAUGCCAUCCUACAUUUUUGAACAUAUGGUUAAAAGAAUGGCUUCCAGUGUUUUGAAGAACUUAAUGGAUCAUUCUGUUCCUGAGGUUUAAGGGGGAAGCAUUUUCCUGAACAUUUGAUAUUGGCUGAGCUUGGACUUUUUACUCAGCAGCUGUCAGGAUAGCGUCUUACAGAACGAGAUUUUUAACACUGCAUGUUAGCAUUUCCAUUGUAUAACUGAGCAAGCAAAUAGCAAGCCACCUAGACUGUGUGUGCUACUGUCCCUCUAGCAGGGGGUAGAACAUGUAUAAUUAUUUUCUGUUGGAAGCAAUGACCUAAUUUUGAUGAUUUCUAAUUCUUUAAAAUCCUACUAGGAGCAAACAAACACCUGUACCGUGAUCAGUUCUGGGCAACGGUCCAACUUCCAGAUGUUGACUACCACUGUCGGUGGGAUGCUGGGAGUUGUAGUGCAACAUCUGGACUUCUGCUCUAGAUCCAGGAUAGGCAACUUUUGGUGUUGCAGAACUGCUUGCCACACAGAACUAAAGUCUGUCUGUCACAGGAAUGCAAGAGUUAAUUCUUCUGUACAGUGCUUCAGCCAUGAGCCAUACUCAGUCCCAUUAUACAUCUGAUCCAAACCAGGAGGCAAGUGCACUAUUCUGUUUGUAGGCAUGUCUUUCUGCAGCUCAGAAGGCUUGCCUGCUGUAUAAAUAUGCUGUAAUUUUAUAUUUCAUGUAUGAGAUAGCUAUUUUCAUAAUGUAAGGCAGGAAUGUCAAAUGCAUGCAAUAAAUUUCUAUCGACAGAUCAGGAUACUAACUGUAAUUUAGCUUAACGUCUCUGAAAUCAAGAAUGUAUUUUAGAUAAGGAUCUCCUCAGUUUGCUGCUGACUUUCUUAUUAUUAUGGUAGCUCCAUCCCCUGCACCUGUAUUUGUAGACUCUCUAGGGAAAGGCUCACUCUGAUUGGCUAACAUGCAUGCUGUAGUCCCUAAGCACUGAGCUACUGCUGUGUUUCAGUGAAUUCCAGCCUUCGUGUUUGAGCAGUAACUGGUUUACAUUUGGUUUCUCUUAAAUUCCAGUCCUAUAUAUUUUGUAUACAACGUAUCAUGCUUAAAAUAAUAAAUACAAGUAACUAUC